AGCUUGAGACGACGACGAAUCAAAUGUCUGAUUGAUAUGAAGGAAACCUAUGACAGACACACUGCAGGCACCAGAGUAGCCCGUCUUCUUACAAUCCCCAGAUCCAUCAAACACUAGUUGACAAAUCCAUUAGCUCUUGACUCUGCCUUUAAAUUCCCUCCGAUCCCUCUCUCGCUUUCUGCAUAUUGUCUGUCUACCCUGCCUCUCUAAUUUCCUUUUUCUUUCAAACUCCACAUAAAUCAUAUAUACCACCAAUUAAUGGCCAUGCAUAGCUACUUCCUUCACCUCUUCCUCAUCGUAGCCCUUGUCAGCGUCGUCACCACGCACGUCUCCAACCCCGUGGUACCCUCCCCCCUCCGACCGCUCCUCCACCUCCAAGGCAAUUUAAGCUUCGACGACGCGCCCCUGGCCGCAAAGGACUUCGGGAAUAUAUACCAGCUACUGCCGGCGGCAGUCCUGUACCCGGCGUCCGUCUCCGAUGUUGUCUCCACCGUGCAGCACGUGUUCCAGUUAGGGCCGAGAUCAAAGCUCACGGUGGCGGCCCGUGGCCACGGGCACUCUCUUCAGGGCCAGGCUCAGACUGACGGUGGAAUAGUGGUGCGAAUGGAGGCGCUCGGUGGGGGGACCCGGGUGGUGCAUCAGCAUCAUGGAGGGCAGCCUUACGCGGACGCCUCCGGAGGAGAGCUGUGGAUCAAUGUGCUGGUGGAGUGUUUGAAGCAUGGGCUGGCGCCCAAGUCGUGGACCGACUACCUCCACCUCACCGUUGGAGGAACACUGUCCAACGCCGGGAUCAGUGGACAGGCUUUUCGGCACGGCCCACAGAUCAGCAAUGUGUACCAACUCGAGAUCGUCACAGGCAAAGGAGAGGUGAUGAAUUGCUCCGAGGAAGAGAAUAGUGAGCUCUUCCAUGCUGCUCGGGGAGGGCUGGGCCAGUUUGGAAUCAUCACAAGAGCGCAGAUUGCACUGGAGCCGGCUCCAGAGAUGGUGAGAUGGAUUAGAGUGUUGUACUCUGACUUCACUAGCUUUACGGAGGACCAGGAAAUGCUGAUAUCGGCAAAGGAGACCUUCGAUUACAUAGAAGGCUUCGUGAUCACCAACAGGACAGGACUUAUAAACAAUUGGAGAUCUUCGUUCAACCCGAGGGAUCCUGUCCGAGCGAGCCAAUUUGAUUCCGAUGGCAAGAUUCUCUUUUGUCUCGAGAUGACUAAAAACUUCAACCAACAUGAAGCUGAGAGCAUGGACCAGCAAGUCGAGCAACAUUUGUCCAAGCUGAGGUACCUACCGUCCACGCUUUUCCAAUCGGAAGUCUCCUACUUGGAGUUCUUAGAUAGAGUUCAUGCGUCCGAAGUGAAGCUGAGGUCCAAAGGGCUGUGGGAUGUCCCACACCCAUGGCUCAACCUCUUCAUACCAAGAGCCAGAAUCAAAGACUUCGCAAGGGAAGUCUUUGGCAAAAUUCUGAGAGACAGUAGCAGAGGCCCCAUUCUUCUAUAUCCACUUAAUCGAUCAAAGUGGGAUAAUCGAACAUCAGCAGUGAUACCAGAUGAGGAGAUCUUCUACUUGGUGGCCUUGCUAUCUUCAGCACCAUCUCCUGGCAGCUUAGAGGAAGCGCUGAAACAGAAUAGAAAGAUCCUAGAUUUCUGCAACAAGGAAGGAAUCAAAAUGAAGCAGUACUUGCCAUACUAUACAACACAGGAAGAGUGGAGAGGCCACUACGGUGACAGAUGGGAGAUGUUUGCCCAUAGGAAAGGCAUUUAUGAUCCCUUGUCCAUCCUCGCUCCCGGACAAAGAAUAUUCCACAAGGGAGUGCAGUCCUCCUCCUCCUCGUAAUACAUCCUGAAGCUAAUCAUGUACAGGAUUGAGAACUACUCGGUCAAGCUAAGGUAGUAUAUUCAUCCGUGGCCGGCAAAACAAGACCUGUAUAAAGCUAAUUUACCAAGGCGCGCACCAACCUUGUUGAAUAUAACCAUGUCAAAAAUGAUAUUCUGAAAGUAUCGCAAUGGACUAACAUUACCAUUGCGUUUCUUGCUACUAAUUAAUGAAGU